GAUAAUUGCUCCUUUUGACCAGAAGAUAAAUUACAUUGAGAGAAAAUCGGAGAGGUGAAUCAAAAAUAACAGAAUAUAAACACAGAGGUUGAAAGCUUUAUCAUUCUGACAGAAACUCAGAGUACGCUCACACAAAGGAACAAGCAGUAAAGGUCGGAGAUUUAUGUCGGCUGUGUCUGAAUCGGCUUUGAUUUUGUCUCUGUUUCACGUUUCCUCUCCCACUCGAUCGUCGUCUUCUACCUCGUCUGCUCUGUUCUUUGGUCUGACCACUGUUCUCAACUCUCUUCGCUUCUGCUCCAAGCAGAGGCUUGUUCUGGAGGUUCCAUCCCUUUCCAUGGGCGUAAGACCUAAAAGGACUCACAAGAGACAAAAGUUACCCUUUUUCAUAGUUCGCUGAAACAAAGCCCCCUUUGUCUGAUUCAGCAAGUUUUUGGUAAGAGAUUUUGAAGUGUUGAAAUCAGAUAUGAAGAAACAAGUGAGAGGAAGGAAAGUUCGUAUUGUUGUUAGUGACCCUUAUGCUACUGAUGAGUCCUCUAGCGACGAAUGGUUCGAGUGUAAGCCUACAAAGGUGAAGCGUAUCGUCCAUGAGAUCAACCUCCCCUUUCAAAAGCUCUCCGAUGGUGUCAAAAGCUCUAGACGUAGAGCUUGUAGGCAACUUAACAAGCCUGUGGGAGUUAGGCUGAGGCAAUCAGGCAAAUGGGCUGCUGAGAUCAGAAACCCAAUCACCAAAACUAAGGUGUGGUUGGGUACUUAUGCAACUCUCGAAGAAGCUGAAAAGGCUUAUGCUGACAAGAAGGUUGAGUUUGAUGCAUCGGUUGCAUCAUCAGUGAACAGCCAGUGCUUGCGUUCUGCUGCUUCUAAAGAAAAGAUGUCUCUGAGCGAAGAUGUUGCUGCUUGUGGUGAUUUGACCAAGGAAGGUUUCGACCUUUCCGGACUGGAGAUCCCUGAUCUGAGCUUCUUAGGAGCAGAAGAGAAGUGUAAGGUUUCUGGCGCAAGUGCUGCUGGGGAGAUAGACUUUGAUUACUUUUUUAAGGAGGAGGACUAUGGCCAUUUGUUUGAUGAUUUCUCUGUGCUUGAUAAUGUUAAUAACAUCGGAUUAGCAAGUGAGCUGCCUGACUGUGACUUCACAGAUGUGGAACUCGAGCAUGGUGAUUCGAAGUUUGCCUUUGCAGAUCAACUGACGCCUCCUCCUCCUCUCAACAUCUCUUGCCCCUGAAGGUUUUUUUCAGCUUAUCUGAUUCACAUGUAUUCCAAUAAUAAGUCGUUUCUAGUUAAGACAAAAUGGCCAAAGCUCGGUUUCGUUUAAGGGACUUGUUUAAGUUUCAUUUGCUAUUUCAUAAGAACAUGAAUAAGAAUGUAUGUAGAUGUUGGCUUUACCUUGUUCAAUCUCUAUGUUUUAUCUGUUUCA